AUGUUCGAUGUGAUGGUGGAAGAGGCGAAGAUGUGUUUGGGAGAACCUCCGCAGCGUAAGAGGAAGCUGGAAACUCCGGUCAGUCUUCCACCACCACCUUGUCCGGCAGUAGACGAAGAUUCCGACGAGGAGGUAGAUCCGGUGGCGUUGUCCAAGUAUCAACAACAAGUAUCCGAAUCUGGCGGUUUCGAUGUGGACUUGUUCUUUCAACCUUUUGGUGGGAUAAUUCCCGGUGGAUGUAGUGACCACAGCUUACUCUUCGGAAAGGUCGGACUCCACUGUUACAACCUUGAAAAAGGGACUAACUUGCAGUUCAAGCAAGUCACCAAAGUCAAUACACAAAUCUCUUCACUUUUCACGUUUUACAUCACACUGGAGGCCACUGAUCCUUUCCACGACAACUCAGUUGUUACAUUCCAGACCUGUCUCACCGAUACUGUGCUCAAGCAUCAAGCACGCUUGAGACUCUUCACAACUACUUGCAGAAUCAAGCCUCAAGUCCCUGGAACGGGAGAACUAGGAUCCUUUUGGUACCCUGAUGAUGAUGUAGAUCCCUGUUACAAAGUUGACUUACCUAAUUGGCUACAAGAUGAUGCACUUUCCGGAGAUGAUAAGCUUCAAUUCUAUGAGGUAUAUAACUCUCAUGUUUUUACUUUUUUUAUUAAAACCAACAAACCAUUUUUUUUACUGACACAGGUGAAAGAUUGGGAGUUGAAGGAGAACCAGUGGCUUUAUCUGUACGCUGAGUUUGCAUUGUUCUCCCUUUGGGAAGAUGACCUGAGUGCUUAUAUGCCAUUUGAGAUGAGGAAAGUUGUGGUACAGACAAAGGAAGAUAUGAAGCUCAAGUCGGGCAAUGCAGUCUUCUACCUGAGUUUCAAGGCCCGUGGUGGUCCAGAGUGCCGAGGUAUAGUAAGGAGAACAACUGAUGGGAGACCUGGACACAUGUGCCUUGAAACUAGGUGUUGGAUUGACAAGUAG